AUACAAGAGGCUGAUCGCAUCGUCGAUGGCCGCAAACCCAGUCAAACCAGAUGGCAAGCCGCGUUCCGCGUUGCCAGCUUUCCUCUCCCCGCUGUUCUCCGCCUCCCUCUGCUGCUGCUGCUGCUGACGCCCUCCUGGCGGAGGCAGCGCCUGCGCAGUUCCUGUGCCCCGUCUCGCGCUCGCUCAUGGGGGAUCCUGUCGUUUUCGCCGCCACAGGGUGGACCUUCGAGCGGAGCUGCGUCCUUGCUUGCCUCGAGCUUGGCAUCGCCCCUCCCGACCUCUCCCCGCGACUUCCUUCUUCCUCGAUUUCGUCUCCCCCUUUGAUGCCCGUGCUGAUCCCCAACGCCACCCUCAAAUCUGCCAUCCACAACUGGUGCGACGCCCGUGGUCUCCCCCGUCCUCUCCCCAUCCCUCUCGACGCCGCCCGCGCCCUCGUCCGCCGCCUCGUACCCUCCGAUUCCCCUCCCUCCACUUCCGCCGUUAUUUUUCGUUCUUCUCCUGGUGGAUUGGCUUCCAGUGAUUGCGGUGGAAAAGAAAAAUAUGGAGCCUUGGGGACUAACUCGCUCCGUUUCGUCCCAGAGAACAAAAAGGACCAAUCCUUGAAGGUUCCGGCGUUAGCUUCUGGAUCAACUAGCCGAGCAGACGACACACUGAGGUUGAAAUUGAGUGAAAUAGAUAUCAAUUCAGAGGAAUCGCCGGAAAAUUCUCCUUUGUGUUCUUCGCCCUUCACCACCAGCUCCUCCCAUCGCACUUCUUCAUCUUCCUCUCUUGAGAUCGACAACACAAAAGCUACUAUCUUGACUUGUACGGACGUCGAUGCGUUCGAAGAUGAGAUCUUGGCCAAGUUGACGAAUGACGACAUCAAGGAGCAGGAAUUCGCAGCGAUCUCCCUCCGCCAUGCCACCAGAGAGAAUCGCGUCUGCCGAAUCAAGCUCUGUAGCCGCCGCUUACUCGCCGCCCUCCGCUCCAUGGUCCUCUCUCGCUGUGCCGCUGUACAGGUUAACGCCGUCGCCGCCAUUGUGAACCUAUCACUGGAGCCAGAAAAUAAAGUUGCAAUUGUGAGUUGCGGUGUCGUUUUGCCGCUCGUAGACGUGCUCAAGCACGGCCAGCCAGAGGUCCGAGAGCACGCUGCCGCCGCCUUCUUCAGCCUGGCCCUUGAGGAAGAGAACCGGGUGACCAUCGGCUCCCUAGGCGCCAUCCCGCCGCUGCUCACCCUGUUCUCUUGCCUGACCAACGCCGGCCUCCGGGCCCGUCGCGACGCCGGGAUGGCACUCUACUACCUCACCCUUGCGGAUCUCAACCGUUCCAAGAUCGCACAAACCGCCGGUGCUGUUCGGGCGCUGUUUGCUGUUGCGGAAGCGACAGGAGAGUGCGAGGCCGCCGCGGCAAUUCAAACCUCGCCACGGCGGCUGGGCCCUGGCCUGCCACGGCUGGCGAUGAUGGUGAUCAGCCACCUGGCGGCGUGCAGUGAUGGGCGCAGCGCAUUGAUGGAUGCCAAGGCGAUCGCGGCGGCGGUGGCGCUAAUGAGGAGUGACGCCGCGGCGAUGGAGGAGCACUGCGUGGCGGUGCUCUAUGGAAUGAGUCGGGACCGAUUAAGGUUUCCGGGCUUGGCGAGGGCCGCGGGGGCAGAGCAGAUUCUGAUGAGGGUGGCGGAGGGAGGCAACGGCGAUGUCCGGCGAAGGAUGGCUACGAAGACACUACGAGCAAUAAGGAGGCAGGACGACGACGAGACGGCGCCAGUUUCACGACGGACAACAGGUUCCACGGCGGACGGCAACAGUAGGGCGAAUUCGGACGGGUUGGUGUCGUUUCGACUCGAUAACACGGCGGCCGGUGACGGAUCCCACAACAAGUCAGCGCCGUUCUAAGAAGAUCCAAUAUUUUCUUCUGUUAGUUUUUUCUUUUCCUUUUAUUUAGAAAAACAUUUUCUUUGUAAUCAAUGUAUAUAAAUUCCAUUUUGUCGAAUCAGAUGAAAAGCUAGGGUUGUUUGUGUA